CGGGGCAGGGCGGGCGGCAGCCGGGCCGGGCGCUCCGGGCCGCGGCUCUCGCGGGGCAGCGCCCGCUCCCUGCUCGAGCCCCACGAGGGACGAGCGGCCUUCCCUCGAGGGGCGGCCCGAAGGGCUCACACGGUGCGCGGGGCGCGACCCGCACGGUGCCCUUGGCCGUGUGGAGGCCCAGCCCCGCGCCGUGCACUGCCCCCCGGGAGCUCCUGAGUCCUUCCGCGGCUGGCCCGGAGUGUGGUUCCGACCGCACUGCCGGCAGCGAGGGGCCUUCUGCUGGAGUACAGCCUCGCUCUGUAAUGGGGAGCGGGAUUUAGGGAAGUGGCGUGGUUUGGAUUUUGCAGUCAGGAUGCUAAUGCUGUCACCUCCUGGUUAAACAUCGAAGUCCUUCAUGCAAUCAGAGCUCACAAAACACCCAUUACCUUGUCUGGAGCACGUGUGGACGUUAGGGGAUGCCUGCGGGCAGAGUUGGCAUCGGCUGUCCAGGAAUUCUUGUAUUGCACGGCACUUCCUUUAAUAUUCGUAAUUAAAAUGGCAAAAACAACUGAUCCUUCUGAGAAACUGAUCAUCCACUCCAAAGCUCACAAAGAUACCAUCCUAGCUAAUUUUGAAGAACAAAGGAAAAAGGAUUUUCUUUGUGACAUUACUCUGAUAGUGGAGAAUGUGCAAUUCAGAGCACAUAAAGCUUUGCUGGCUGCCAGUAGUGAGUACUUCUCAAUGAUGUUUGUAAAUGAGGGUGAAAUAGGGCAGUCAGUUUACAUGUUGGAGGGAAUGGUUGCAGACACCUUUGGAGUUCUGCUAGAAUUUAUUUACACUGGUUGCCUCUGCGCCAGUGAGAAAAGCGCAGAACAAAUCCUGGCCACUGCAGAGCUGCUGAAAGUAACUGACUUGGUAUGGGCCUGUACAGACUACCUGGAGAGCCGCAGCCCAGGCAGUGCAUUGCCAGCUCCAGCUGAAAGUGUGGCCUCUGUUGUUGCAAGUGACAGGAGAAAUGAUGAUCCACCAAAGCGAAAACGGGGGCGACCAAGGAAAAUCAAGGUUGUCCAAGAAGAUGAAGAAGAAGAAUCAGUAGCAAAUUCCGCCGAAGAUGGGCAGCUGAGAGAGAACAACUCCAUGCAAAAUGAGCAAAAUUAUAUGAAGAAAAACACUGAAGUAGAAGAAACAGUUGCCAGUGAACAGGCUUCAGUGAGGAAAGAUGGAGAAGAAACUGAACCUGCUUGUGGCUCAGAGGCUGCUGUUGAUCUAUCAGCUGAGAAAGAUGAAAACUACGAUCCCAAAUCUGAAGGAAUACAGAGCACUCAGAGCCGUUACAGCAAACGUAGAAUAAGGAGAUCAAUCAAACUAAAAGAUUAUAAACUUCUUGGGGAUGAGGAUGAGAAGGGACUGGCAAAGAGAACUGAUGGAAAAAAAAAACGCGUGGGUUCUGAAGCUCGCUGCAAAGACUGUGGCAAAGUAUUUAAGUACAAUCACUUCUUGGCUAUUCACCAGCGAAGCCAUACAGGGGAGCGCCCUUUUAAAUGCAGUGAGUGUGGCAAAGGCUUUUCCCAGAAGCAUUCUCUUCAAGUCCAUGAGCGGAUGCACACCGGGGAGCGGCCGUACACGUGCACCAUUUGCAGUAAGGCUCUGACAACAAAGCAUUCUCUUCUGGAGCACAUGAGCCUACAUUCAGGGCAGAAGGCUUUUACCUGCGAUCAGUGUGGGAAAUACUUCAGCCAAAAGAGACAGCUCAAGAGCCACUAUCGACUACACACAGGCCGUUCACUGCCGGAAUGUAACCAGUGUCGUCGUAAAUUCAUGGAUGCAGCUCAGCUAAAGAAACAUCUAAGAACACACACAGGUGAGAAGCCCUUCACUUGUGAGAUUUGUGGCAAAUCAUUUACAGCUAAAAGUUCGCUUCAGACUCACAUUAGAAUUCACAGAGGAGAAAAGCCAUAUUCUUGUGAUAUAUGUGGAAAAUCCUUCUCUGACUCCAGUGCUAAGAGAAGACAUUGUAUUUUACACACAGGCAAAAAGCCUUUUGCCUGCCCAGAAUGUAGUUUGCAGUUUGCUCGUCUGGACAACCUGAAGUCUCACUUGAAAAUUCACAGCAAGGAAAAGCAGUUUCAGGAAGCCAGCGCUGCCCCGAGCACCAACGCUCAUCCGGAAGAAGUGAGAAACAUUCUCCAGCUGCAGCAGUACCAACUUGCCACCUCGGGAGGGCAGGAAAUUCAGCUGCUGGUUACAGAUGCAGUACACAACAUCAACUUCAUGCCCAGCCACAAUCAAGGCAUCAGUAUUGUGACUGCAGAAAAUGCCCCCGGCAUGGCCACAGAGCAGGCUGCGAACCUCGCGCUCCUUGCGCAGCCGCCGCAGCAGCUGCAAAACUUGUUGCUUUCAGCUCAGCAGGAGCAAGCAGAACAAAUUCAAAGCAUCAAUGUGAUUGCAAACCAAAUAGAGGCUGCCCAACCUGAACAAAUGCAUGUCAUCACUCUUUCCAAGGAAGCGCUAGAACAUCUCCAUGCUCAUCAAGGACAAAAUGAACAAAUCCACUUGGCGGGAUCUUCACAUCCAGCCCAGCACGUGCAGCUGGCUCAGGAAUCAAGUCAGCAGUCUCACUCUAGCCACAAUACGGUUCCUUCCCAUCAAGCCAGUGAAGAACAGAAUCAAAGUGUACUUGUUUCUGAAUCCCAGCAGCAGCCUCUGUCAGUAAAUGAGUCAUCUCAUGAGCAUCCUGUCCAAGAUCAGGCUUUCUAAAAUGCUUGUAAGCAGAGAGCUAGGCCAGAAAGUGCUUCUCAUCCAAGCAGAGAUUACACAUGUCACAUAUGGGGUUUUUGCAACAUAAGCUAUCCAAAGAUGCAUUUCUUGAUGAUUUUGGAUGAGUGACUCAAUUUCCUUAAUCAUAUUUGUUUUAGACUACUUUGUUUUUCUGGACUGGUAUUUCUUUACCAGACUUAGUCCUCACAAGUAUCUCACAAGCAAUUAAAGUGGGGUUUUGUGCCUCAUACACAUCUCUGCCUCCUGAGGAGAUAUUUAGCCCUUAUUUGCAUUUCUGAGUGACUCUUCAGAGAGGUUCACCUGGCUGGUAGGAGAACAAUGUUUAGGACAUCUGCAGAUCACAAAUUACCAGUUCUCUGUCAAACUUAGCAUUAUACCUGAGUUACUGUCAAGCUUAAGACAACCAGUACUUUUUGCAAAGCUAACACCAUAUUUCUUAUGUUUAAUGAGCUUUCUCUCUGCAGGUUAAUGUAUAAUUCUCUGUGUAAUCAUUCCCUGAAGUGCAUUAUGAGUUACUGACUACCAAAUUCAUUUGGUUUGGGUUGAAACUUGCAGCCUUUAACUAGCCCCAAAUCUUCCCUCCUGUUUACUGUGUGCUGUACACAUCUUGCUCCUCAGAAACAUUUAAGCCAUUGCACUUGAAUAGUGGCAAUGAGAUGUGAUGGUUACACUGGAGAACUGAAACCCCACCGAUUCUGCUCUGUUAGUUCUGCCACUCAUUCUCUGUGUGACUGUGGGCAAGGUAGUUGACCUCUGUGCCUUAUUUCCAUCAUCUAGCAAGUGGGGAUAGUGUUCACACACUCUGCCAAGCACUUUGAAGAGCUCUUGAUGUUGAAAGCACUGUCUGUUGAAGUGCAGAACCCUCUUCCUGACAGGAUUCUGUCUAAGCUUAGGAGCCACUGUAUAUUUAAAGUGUUAUUUUUUGUACUUUUGAGAGAAGAACGUAAUCUUACUUUAAUAUAUGUUACGACUGGUAAUUGCUUAUGUGAGAAUUCAAACAAUGAAAAGCAUCACUUCAGAGCGUAACAAAUUACAUAAAUCUUUACAUUACACAUCACUUAAAGUUGUACAGCUAUUUUUGGUGACUAAAUUAGAUGUGUACAGAUUGUUUUCAAUGACUGACUGCUAACAAAAAAGAUUUGACAUCGUAAUAAAAUACCUUGCCAAAAUACAUGCUUUCUGUUUUCAGGUUUGACUACUGGUACCAGCUUUGCACUAGUGUGCUAAAAUCCAGAUAAAAUGCCACUGGUGUGUUAAAAUCCAGAUAAAAUGACACUGUUACUUAAAAGAACAUACUCAAUUGUCACUUCAGCUUUAAAAUGUCAUACUUGUGAUUUACAUGGAUGUUUUAUGUUACAACAAACAAAAAAUUCUAAAAAACGUGGUGAAUUUAAAAGCAAAAUUAUUCACAUUUUUUAUAAAAUCCUUUGUUCCAAGUCCAGACUACUUGGCCUGCUCCUGACUGCAUGCUGCAGAAGUUUGGCUAAGUAUCUCCAUGUCAUCAAAAUACUGGAUCACUUUUAUAUAAAUAAAUCAUGAUAAGGGUAGACAGUGGGAAUAAAUCAAUGCAAAAAAAAACCCACCCAAAAAUAAAAAACCAAAUCCAAAAAGUAACAUCCCACAGCAAAGGUGUUUAGGCUUUUCACACUUCCUCUCAGAAUGGAGAAAUAAAAUUUGCAUCCAUUCUGCCACCAAAGUGCACCAGCAUAUUCUGCAGUUCUGCCUGAGAAGCCUAGGUGUUCUAAGAGCAGAUAAAUAAAUACAGUAAAGCCUGUUACAACACUUAUGACAAUCUUGCUGAUUAAUUGUAUAAGCUUAUAGUAAACAUUCUGGCAGUUUAAUCCUAAAACUUCUGCUUUUAUCUAAAACAUUGUACAGUGCAGCCAGACUACUUUGUGGUCAUAAGUUUACAGGAAGCUGCACAGAAUUCAUUGUCUGCCAUGUAUCUGCGAAUCCUGAAAUGCUUAAAAACAAAUUACAAGCUAAAUUCUGAGGCUAUCAGAAAAGGAACUGUUCAAUAUUUUUCUUCUUUGAACUUUGUUUUGUUCAUUAUACAGUUAUCCUUGCAGGCUUCAGUUCCAUGCUGCAGUUAAACACGGGACACUUCCACAUACUGAUUUCUCAGUGCUUUCCCUGUAACUAAAAAACCUGAAGUUUGGUGUUUGGAACUUUGUUUUGCUUUUCUGCAGAUUACCAGUGAAGAAACGAGCUGCUGUGAAUAGCAGGGCAAUGACUAAUCUUGCACCCUGCAUUGCUUAAGCUGUCAGCACAUAUUGUAGCUUGCACUCAAGAAGCUGGCGUGGCUUCUCAUAUCAACAAAUGUUGCUUUUUGGACACCAUUUGCUUUCUUUCUAGUGAAUGCCUUUCUGUUAAAAGAUGAAAAUUAAUCCUUUUUCUGUGUGUGCAUUUUUAAGGCUUCAGCUGAAGUCUAGGAUUGCUUUGAAUUAGAAAGGAAACCACUUCAGCUUUGUUUUUCAGUCCAGCUGCCACUAAUAAUGAUUUAGGAAAAAAAUGCAUCCCUUAGAAACUAUGUUUCAGAACAGCUCUCUAAAUAUCUUAACUCCUUAGCCAGUAAACACCUUAAUUUCUCUUUUUCUCACAUAGACUAAUCCUAACAAAUCCGUCUCGCUGCUUUCUAUGUUAAAAUGAGAUUAAGGUUUUAGACGUAAAUGCAGGGCAGUAAGAGGACUACAGAAAGAUCUGGGUUUGUAAGCAGUUAACACCAUUGUGUGUUACCUCUGCUCAAUUUGUAAGUUAUCCAGUGUAGUUGAACUCUAAUAGGAUCUCACUUUUUUUUUCCCCCCAAAUGCAAGUUUAUCAGAUUUUGGCUUUUUCUGGAGACUUUGGUUGGUUCUCCAGGUGCAAUUUGAAACAAAUCCCUGAGAGGUAAAGCAAACACCCUGGAGCCUGUAUUUUCCUGUUGUGUGUGUAAUUCCCCUGCUUGGCUUUCCAGUCCAGCAUCUUGGGUUUUGAUAAAUGAAUAUCAGAGUAUUUAUUUCAUAUGGGCUGUAAAAGCAAAUUACCCUGCCAGUAGGAAACGAAAGUGCUACUAGGGAUUGUACAGCAAUUUUCUCUUGGCAUCUAAGAGGGAAAGGAGAGCACUCUGCCUCAUCACAAACUCUUUCCAACUGAAUGCCUAUUCACUGGUUAAAAUUAAGCAUAUUGAGCCUGGCAUCGAUCUUGCCAGUUGUUGAGGAAAGAGUUUUGCUUGCAUUUCUUUGUUUGAAAAACUCAUUUCAGUGUUGUAGCUGGUUAGUCAUCGUGGUGAAGGUCAUGGUUGGUGUUUGCUAAUGCCUAUCCUGCUGUGCUUGGAUGUGGGGUUUUAUAGUCUUUUCCUAAUUCACAUUAACUGUGGAAGCUAGUAUGGGAUUCAUUCCUAAUCCCAGACCCUGUGCCUGUGUGAGCACAGCCCCUGGGUACGUUUCCUGGCUCCCUGUGUGAGUGUGGUUAUCCCAGAGAAGGAGUCUGAGCGGGGAGUGCCUGGGAGGAGGCCGGUUUGCACAGCAGGCGUGCCCCGGCGGGCAGAGCAGCCAAGGCUCCUUCCUGGGCAUGCUUAUCUUCACAUGGGCAGGAGUCCAUCCUUGCAGGCCUUUUUCCAGUCCUUCUGCACUGCAGGUUCUCACUGAGAGCAGAGAAGGAAGAAGUAAUGCGUCCUCUCCAGAGCUAUGAUUUCAGGACCUCUUUUACUUAGUCAUUAGAGACUAAAUAAAGAGUCUGCUUCUUGCAGAGUUGCAGUCCCAGGAGCUACAACAGUUCUCUAUGUUCUGUCCCUUUUCAGAUCCUCUGUAAAACAUGGUGAACAAUAAAUGGUUUUCCACAAGAGGGACUACUGAUCCUAUCUGUCCCAAGCAAUUCUUCCAAAUGGAAAGACCCAUCCAGGCAUAUUCUCAGCAUCUCACUGUAGUAUGCUUACUGGUCAUUUUUGGCUAAUAUUUUAAUCCUGCCUAAUUGAAAGUGUCUUUGGAAUAGCAGGAAGCAGACUUUUGCUUUAGUUAGCAAACUUCCUACCUUGUUCUGCAAAUUUUUCUGACAUGAGGAAGAAUUUCCCUGUGUGAGGGACUGGAUGUGCUGCAACAUACUGCCCAGAGACAUUGUGGAGUAUCCCUCACUGGAGAGAGAACUGUCUGGACACAAUCCUGUGCCCCGUGUUCUGGGAUGACCCUGCUUGAGCGGGGAGGUUGGACCAGAUGACCACUGUGGCUCCUUCCAACCUGACCCAUUGCAUGAUUCUCUGAUUUUACUUGCCCUUCACCAAGAUGUCUCUCAGUGACCCCCUAGCAGCUCUGCUUUAGUACCACCAUGUAGGAAUCUCUCAAAUACAUGUGUAUGUGCUUAUAUAUAAUUUUUUAAAUUAAUUUUGUCUGCUUUCUCUUCUGUUUCUCUUUUUUUUUUACAUGCUAUUUUGGACUGGAAGGAACUGAAACAGCUGCAGCUGCACCAGGUGGAGAAGUUUGGACCAAGAAAACCCUCUAAGAAUCACACAGAAGCAAAACUCUUGGGUCUUGUGACAGGCAGGACUUUGGCAUGUGCAAGUUUGGAGAUGAAAAGUGACCUGACCUCGCUGUGCUGAUGGCAGCCUGAGCUGAACCUGCAGCUGUCCCACAAAGCAGCUUUUGCACAUGCUGCACGUGCCAGAAGAGAGCAAAGCUGCCAUGGUGGCACAAAGCUUUGCUGUGGGAGCCGCGAGCCCUCUGGAACUGCUCCGUGCACGCGCUGCCGGCGGGAAUGAUGUCUCAGCAGUGCCCAGCAAAUACAGCUGUGGGUAGGAGUUUUUGCGUCAAAAGGAGGCACACACUUUACACAGGGUGUAAUUAAGCUGUAAAUCUCAUUGCCACAGAAAUUUGUGGAUGCCAGACUUUCACAUUUCCCUGAAAAGCAAAGAAAUUCAAAUGGAAAAGGGCUGCCGGGGGAAUUAAACACAGAGAUACCAGGAAAUCUUUGAGCAGAGGCUCACUGGUGGCUGGUAGUGGAGUGGGGAAACAGUUCUCUCAUGUUUGCUUUUACUUACCACUUUUUGCUGGGCAAUUACUAUUAGCAAGAGUCUCUUCAUCCUUUAAGUAUUACUGACAGCAUCUAUCAAGAGCUCUGGAAAGAGCUGGCUUCAGUCCUCUGCUCUGCCACAUGCUUCCUGUGUACCCUGGAUUUCGUUCCUUCAGGGGAAAACAGAAAUUGGAGCAUUUUCUAACCUCCCACAGGGUUGAAAACUGUUUACAUUAGGCUUGGGAAGUGCAUGGAAAUGCAGGGUAGGGUGUGGGCUGGUGUCUGGUGUUGCCGUGGAACUGGGCCCUGUUGACAGACUCAAACUCAGGGUGGCCAGACUGCCACAGCCCCACGGUGGAUGCCUGUGGCAGUGAUGGUGGUGGGGCUGCUCCAGCACCUGGGUUUCCAUGUGACCAAGUUUAAGGCAGAGGUGACCCCUUGGGCUUCAGCCCCAGUGCAAGUUUGGAAGCUGCAGGGAGUGGUGGGGGCUUGAAGCAAAUUAAUAAAAGCUACGUUGUCCAUAAAAGCAAUCUAAUAUUAAGUUUGCUACGGUAGAGGACUAGUGAUAACUGGACAAUGUCUAAACAAUGUAGCAAAACCAGACGUUAAAAAAAAAAA